AUGGCUCCUCCUUACUCUCUCUCCCAUCUUCCCACCACACCCUUCCCUGCCCCCACCAGCACCUGCACAGCCCGUAAUCCUGUGCUCUUUGAACGUCAUAGUGUGCGGUGCCAAUGGUCAGAUGUACCCGUGCAGGGAGAUGGCGCCCAAGGGAAUGGAUACCACCACCGACCUCUCCAAAUGUCGGCCUCCUGGCGAUGUGAUCGUGACGCCUUCUGAAGCUCAGUGCCCCGUUAAAGCCCCCAAGGUGUGUGCUAGUGACGGGAGGAAUUACCCCUGUGCUGACGUGGCACCCAAGGGGCUGCUGACGACGACAGACCUAUCUGCUUGCCAGACACCUGCCACGUGUCCCUGGUCCACGUCAGCAUACAGCAAAUCCAGCCUGGCAGCGUUGGCCAACGAAUGCAGCACCCUCGCUCUCUCAUCCUCUUCCUCCUCCACACCUCUUCCCAUUACCCCUUCUCUGAUUGGCUGCUGUGCUGCCACGUCAGCACUCCUCCAAUCCACCGCGAUUGCGACCGCAAAGGCUAAAUCUUCGAGGGUAAAUACCCCUGCGGUUUACGCCGCCCGUGCCGGGCAGUGCAUGAAAGAGUUUGUACCCUAUUUACAAUCACCCAAGGCGGCAUUUGCAGCAGCUACAGCAGCAGCAGCGGCGGCACUUUCGAAGUUCAAUCCGGUGCUACAGUGCGGGCGGCUGGGGUUCGGGGCGGCACAAUUUGGACUGGAGGGAGGCAAAGGGGCAUGCCGAGGGAUUACCACUGAGGCCCAGCUCACAUCCGCGUUAAAAGCUUCCCCAGUAUGGUGGGUGAGCAGUUACAUGCAGAGAGACUGCAGCAGCACCACCGGCAGCACUGGCCGCUGCUCGGACUGUGCCAAGCAGGUCUCCACCCUCUUUGAUGCCCUUAUCCGACCCGGAGACACCACUUCUCAGAAGCAGCGCUGCUGGGCUUUAAUCGCCUACUAUGCGGCGUCUGCACUCGGCAACUCCACCGCCCAGAGCAGCAGCAUCGCCCUCUGCCUGCAUAAGAACGCUCCUUCCUCCCUCCUGCCUUCUGGGACCACUAUCAAGGCAGCUACUGUCAAGCCUGCAGCGACUACUAAACCUCCUAGUCCGCCAGCUGUCAAGCCUACUAUUAAGAUUGCUGUCGAUGCUUCCGAUCCGCAGCAAAUCGAAAACACCUUUCGCGCUGCGGCCGACACGUCACCAGAUGCCAGCUCAGCGCCGUCCACGUCAGCACGGUCCACGUCAGCAACCGCAAUCAUCCUCGCCAGCGUGGCGCUGGCGGUCCUGCUGGCAGCAGUCGUGGCAGCAACCAUCCUAGCUGUCAGGGGCGCACAGCACCACAUGCACAGGCAGCGGCUCGCCUCCUCUAUUUCGGUCUACCCCAGCGGCUCUGUCUCUGCGGCUUUAAGUGCCGGCACGCCUCUUAAAGCCUCGGUGUCAGAAUCGGGGGCCUGGGGAGGAUCGUCAGGAGUGAGUGAGGGAGGAGUGUCGAGGGAGGGGUCUGUGUCGUCGUUGGUUGGGUUGAUUGGGGGUGCUGCAAGUGAUGUGUCCGACGCUCCAGCAGCGGCAGUGCCGUGCAGUGUCACAGACAGCAAGAGCAUGACGGGAUGGUGUGAUGCGGCCUCACAUGGAAGGUGGGAUGAAGAGUGGAACAGGCUGGUAGGGCCGAUAAGAGCGAUAGUGAAAGGGGAUGAGGUAGUGGGGGUGGAUGCGGCAGUGAGGGGGGUUGGAGCAGCAGUGGAGGAGACUCAGGCUGAAUUACGGAGCAUUGGGGGAUGGGGGAUGGUGUGA